UCAGCAGCUCUUUCUCUUUCUCUCACAGCUCCCUCGAGUCUGACUGAGCCAAUGGCGAACACCUUAAUGGCGACCACACGACCACACGUUCUUCUCUCUUCCACAAGAGCGAGCCUUCGUCUCCUGUUUCAAUCUCCAAAGAGACCCCUUGCUUCGUUUUCAGCACCUCUCGUUGUGAGAAGCAUUAACUCAAGAUGCGCCGUUUUGCCGCCGUCGUCGUCGAUUUACAUCAACAGAGUUUCUAGGGUUUCUUCUGGGUUUGGUCUUGUUGACAUUAUUCGCAGCCGUAAUUUCAUUACCAGAUCCUCUCAAAUCAACGACGCUGGGUCUAUUGACCUAACCCUUAUGCAAUCCAUGGAACAAAAGAUUAAAGAACAAUUGAAUGCUGAGUCGGUUACUGUAACGGAUAUGUCUGGCGAUGGACGUCAUGUCUGCAUCAAUGUGGUAUCAUCGGCUUUUGAGGGACAAUCUGCGGUGAACAGACAAAGGAUGGUCUACAAAGCCAUUUGGGAAGAGCUUCAGAACGUAGUCCAUGCCGUUGAUCAAAUGACUACAAAGACUCCUUCAGAAGUUUGAAAUGAAGCCUCAAGAUUUUCAAACACUAGAAUGCCUUUCAAUAUCUAUUAGUAUUUGAUUAGCAGCGGACAAUGCUGUUUGUUUUAAGAAAUAAUUUAUUAAUUGAAAUACAUUUUUGGAUCUUUUUCUGUUUCUUGUAAGUACUUUGAUUGAUUCUCUUGCGACUGGCAACGCAUGUUAUGCA